AGCGGCGAACGUUUGAGAAAGAGCUAUUAUUAUCAGCAUUAGCAGGUGAGGCCAUGACGACGUCGUUUGGAGGGAUGAACAUCGUUAACAGAGCGGCAGCAGCAACCGCCGGAGGAGCCGGCGGCGGCAACCGGACUGUGCUCAUCACCGGCGUGGGAAAGGGACUUGGGCGGGCCCUAGCCCUAGAAAUAGCCAAGAGAGGCCACACCGUCGUCGGCUGUUCGCGAUCCCAGGACCGCCUCACCUCUCUCCAGUCUGAGCUCUCAUCAGUCGCCUCUUCUCCGCAGUCGGACUCCGCCGUUUCCUCCUCCGACAGGCACUUCUUCAUGACUGUUGAUGUGAGGUCAAAUAGUAGUGUUGAAGAGUUGGCACGUGCUGUGAUGGAAAAGAAAGGUGUACCAGAUAUCAUAGUAAACAAUGCAGGGACUAUUAAUCGAAACAAUAGAAUUUGGGAGGUUCCAGAAGAAGAGUUUGACACUGUUAUUGACACAAAUGUUAAAGGGACAGCAAAUGUGAUGCGCCAGUUCAUCCCUCUGAUGAUUGAAAACAAGCAAGGGAUUAUUGUCAAUAUGUCCUCUGGGUGGGGAAGAUCUGCUGCAGCACAGGUUGCGCCUUAUUGUGCUUCAAAAUGGGCAGUUGAGGGUUUAUCUAGAUCAGUGGCAAAGGAGUUGCCCAGUGGACUUGCAAUUGUUGCGCUUAAUCCUGGUGUCAUAAACACUGACAUGCUCAUGUCAUGCUUUGGUGGUUCUGCCGCUUUGUACCAGACACCUGAAGCAUGGGCUCCAAAGGCAGCUUCAAUGAUACUGAAUCUCACAGCUGCAGACAAUGGCGCGUCUCUCACUGUGUGAUGGUGGCAUCGUCACCCCCACCGCUUAAAGAAGCUUUCAUUAAACCAGUAACUCUCCUCUCCUAUUUCAUUUUGAGUUUCCUUAGAUGAAACCGAGCCAAAGUUUGUAAUGGUCAUUAUGAACAGCUCUUAGGGUAAUGCACUGGAUCCAUUGAUUCCUUAGAUCUAGUGCACAAGCAGCAAUUUGUUUAACUUAAUUCAUGGUGUUUUAGAAAUCAGUUCAUGAGAAACCAAUUCAUGGAUUAAUGAAAACUUAUGACGUUGAAAAUCAUAUGGUAUAGGAAUUUCGUUGGAUAUCACAUCACAUUUUGUGGCAUUUCAA